CCCCAGCCACCACCGCGGCCCCGGCGCUACUUUCGGCCAUCUUGAUCGUCGGGCGAGAGCGAGCGGAGAAAAUAAACAAAUUAAAGCGAAGGAGAAUCCGAGUGGAAUCCACCGUCAAAACGCGCCAUCCGUCAUGGAGGACAAGGAGGAUCAAGUGUACAAGGCCAAAUUGGCCGAACAGGCCGAGCGCUACGACGAGAUGGUGGAGAGCAUGAAGAAGGUCGCGGCGCUGGACGUGGAGCUGUCGGUGGAGGAGCGGAACCUGCUGUCGGUGGCCUACAAGAACGUGAUCGGGGCGCGGCGCGCGUCUUGGCGCAUCAUCUCGUCCAUCGAGCAGAAGGAGGAGAGCAAGGGUGGCGAGGAGAAGCUCAAGCUCAUCCGCGAGUACCGGCAGAUGGUGGAGAAAGAGUUGAAGUCAAUUUGCGGCGACAUCCUGGACGUUCUAGAUAAGCACCUUAUCCCCACCGCCUCCACUGGCGAGUCCAAAGUCUUCUACUACAAAAUGAAGGGCGACUAUCACCGGUACCUGGCAGAGUUCACCACGGCCAACGACCGGAAGGAGGCGGCGGAAAACAGCCUGGUGGCGUACAAGGCGGCGAGUGACAUCGCCACCACCGAGCUGCCGCCCACGCAUCCCAUCCGCCUCGGCCUCGCGCUCAACUUCUCGGUCUUCUACUACGAGAUCCUCAACUCGCCCGACCGCGCCUGCAGACUGGCCAAGGCGGCGUUUGACGAUGCCAUCGCUGAGCUGGACACGUUGAGCGAGGAGAGCUACAAGGACUCGACGCUCAUCAUGCAGCUGCUGAGGGACAACCUGACGCUGUGGACGUCCGACAUGCAGGGUGAUGCGGAGGAGGAUUCGAAGGAGGAGACCUUGCAAGAUGUGGAAAAUGAAGCCAACUGAGCCCCAGAUUUACCCACAGCCCACACAGCUCUCGCUCUCUCUCGAGCCAGCAGACACCGUGCUGCCUCCCACUCACAGCCGCCUCCACCCGCGAGGGAGGUGGGGGUUCAAUGGUGGGCACGCUGUGAAUCAAAACACAAAACAAAGUGGAAGGAAAUCCCUGGCUCUUCUCUGUUCAUGAAGGGCUCAUUGCAUUCAUUUCUCACUUUCUAAACCCCCCCUCCCGACCCUCACCCCUAAAACCCUCAACCCAAAACGUUCACCCCCUCAAUUGCGCAUAUUGCUCGAAGCUGUGCGCUAGCGACUGGCGGUUGCCGCAGUUUUAAAAAACGGCGUGCACUUUUUAGUUUGCCGAAGGGUGGCGGCGUAGCGAGCCCGAGCAUCUCGGCGGUUUUCGUGCCAUACCACCGCUCGAUGGCCGCACGAACCGUAAUAUUGCGAAAAAGCAGGAUUUUUAGUAGGUUCUGACCGCUAAAGCACAUCGGCAAAGUAACCUGAAUUGUCAAUGGCUGAUCACUUAGAUGCGAGUCGGUAAGCAGUUGAGGGAAUACCCAAACCCCACACUGUUUGCUUACUGUUGUUUGCCAAAUUUUGAAGAGUGUAGUGUGAAGAGAUGUUUUGGCUAACUGGAAUUGCUCACGCAAAGCUUUCUCUGAUUCUCUUUUGCUCAAUUUUUUUUCUCUUUUUUGCAUUUAGUCGCUAUCGUAGCUUGUUAGGGCUCUUAGUGCUGCAGGGUUUCGUGGAAAACCAGGCGUAAUUGAUCUUUGUGGCACCUGACCGCAUCAGACGCAAGAUGUUUUACAACUUUUGGCUGGCUGAGACAACGGAGCAAGGGGCAGAUAUACCGGCUUAAAAUAAUGGGGGGGGGGGUAUGGUGGGGGAGCAAAUUGGUUCAAAAGUAAGGAUUAAUUCAAAAAUUGGGUAAAUUCAGUGGUCUGGGUUGCAACGGCUCCAGCAUGAUUGAACACGUCGCUAUGCCUGCACAAAUACGCAGUGUGUGCAACAUUUUUAACCCGUCCCGUGACACAAGUACGUGGGUACAGUUGCUAAGCUUUAGGCUGUGCAGUGCUGUCGCCAGCGAUCCGUAUAUGUCUGCGCAGUGGAAAUAACUUGUACUUGAAUCUUGGGUGUGAUGUUUUAGGCGCUAGCUGUUUAAUCACAUUUUUACGAAGAUUCUGUGAACUUGCUGAUAUUAAAUAUUAAUCCUGUGGUCUUUGUGUUUGUGUUGCUGUCGUAGCAUGUAAGUUCACUGGCGAAUGAGCUUUCGUUCUGGUUAUUAUUGUAAUCUGUUUGUGUUCAUUUAAUGCUCUUGUGUAACCUGAAUGUCAUAUUAAACCUUUGGAUGACUGAAAUAA